ACACGCUUUGGUACUUCCGCAUAAUACCAAGUCUUCGGUGGUGACCUGCAACGGGCGUUCCAUCCAAAGUGUGUGUGUCUAUUCGGAUGGCAGGGUACCAGGUAUAUUUUAUAUGGCAUUGCAGCGGUUUCUAUGGAGUGACAUAUUAUAGGCCCACACCACGUACAUGUACUUCGAACUUGAAAUUUGAUGGGUUUAUCGACUACAUGCAGUGGCGCAGCCUUCAGCUCAUCAGACACCGAGGUGGUCCGCGAUUUGUGUUCACAGGGCCGUUCACCGGGCCGGUACUGCCGGAGACGCGCAAGAUACAUUUAGGCCUACAAAGCAGCACGGUCUAAAUCGACAAUGAUGAAACUCGCAGCAGUAUGUUGUCUUCUGGUGCUGACAGCCUUGACAACGGCCUCUACGUCCCAAGGGACGGUUGCCCCUGGUUCUUCAUACGAUGGCUCGCUGUUAAUUGGUGCCUUCAACAUCCAAGUAUUCGGAAUCAGUAAAGUUGGUAAAGUUCACGUAUUGCAGACGUUAGUUAAGAUUUUGAAGAGAUAUGACCUUGUGUUGAUUCAAGAAAUCCGCGAUAGUUCUGGUACGGCAAUUCGCACACUGCUUGACACUCUGAACUCGGAGGUCCAGGACAAAUAUGAGAUGGCCUUGAGUAGUAGACUCGGACGUACAUCGAGCAAAGAGCAGUAUGCAUACUUUUACAAGCCGAGUCGGCUAACUUUGCUUUGGAACUACGUCUACGAUGACGACAGUGAAGAUAAAUUCGAGCGGGAACCGUUUGUUGCUUAUUUCGAGUCGCCGACAACUGCCAUGGAACGCUUCGCAAUGAUCGGUGUACAUAUCAAACCGAGCGAAGCGGUGGCGGAACUCGACCACCUUGUCCAUGUCUAUGAUGACUACGUGAACAAGUCUGCAGGCAAUACGAAUGCCAUCAUUGCUGGUGAUUUUAAUGCCGACUGUCGAUACGUCUCUAAGACCGCCCUGAAGAACUCCCUCUUGCGAUCGGACAUGCGAUUCCGUUGGAUUAUUCCCGAUGACGCAGAUACAACUGUUGCCGCUUCAGAUUGUAGUUAUGAUCGAAUUGUCCUUGCCGGUGACGAUUUAUUUGACAGUUACCAACAAAAUAGAACUGGUGCGUUUUACUUUGAUAGAGAAUAUCAUCUGGACAUAAACAUGGCUGCAGAAGUCAGCGAUCACUACCCGGUUGAGAUGUUUAUCAAGGGAAAUCUGGAUCUCGAGUAUAGUCCUGAUGCGGUACAGCCGAUGUUGACUGCAUACUCUGAUAGCAUCAGUCGCUCGGGGAGUUUCCGUGCCGUGGUGUGGAUGUGUCUGCUCGUAAUGGGCCCACUGAUCUUCCCUUAAUUGUGUAUCAACAAAGUCGUCCAGUCGUAUACGGUUCAUCGACACAUGUACUAUUCAAUGGAUCAGACUUUUCGUAAAUUAAUUGAAUUGAAUUGAAGGUGUUUUUUUUUUAAAAUUGUUCCUACCAUUCUCGCAGUCCAAAGACUGAAUUGCGAUGGUAUACAAUUUACAAUUUAACAGAAAUAAUUUUAAAAGGACCAUUUAUACAUAUGUUAGACAUUGGAAUAUUCUUAAAAGACCAUUAUUUUUUUUAUGCAUAAUGUUAAACAUUGAAAUAUUCUAAAAAGACUCUUUAUACAUACAUGUGCAUUAAAAAUGUUAAAAUUCUACCUAGACUAGAUAAAAAGAACUGUGUUUUGUAUAACUGUAUAUACACGCCUUUCAAUCAAAUACAAUGAUACUAUUCAUGGUACAACUAAAGAAAAAAACAGUAUACUUCAUUCUAUUCAUUCAUUAUUAACUAAUGACAACAUUAAGCUUUGAUAGAAAAUGACCAAACGCAGCAGGAAUAUAUCUAUAGAUGGUGUGCAAAACUGUCUUGAUUCGUCUUGGCAUCAACUGUGUAAAAUUAAAAUAAUUAAGGCAGUGUAUAUUUUGCCGGAGACGGCAAACCUUUAGUAAACGUUAGUUUGCCGGAUGUGCACUGAACAUGCGCAGUUACUGUUUUUUUUGUACUUAAACAUUUU